AUGGGUGACAUGCGCUUUCAGCAGUUUUUGGCCAGUGUUUCUGCUGUCCUGGAUGGUAUACCCAACUUUCCAAGACCUCUAAAGAGUCAGCAAGAGAGUGCCCUCUUUGCAAUAACUAUGAAGCAAGAUGUCUUUGCCAUUUUACCUACUGGAUAUGGGAAAUCCUUGGUUUACCAUCUACUGCCAUUAGUAUACAAAGAGUUUUACAAAUGUGAGAUCCAGCCAACAGUUUUGGUUGUUUCUCCAUUAGUAGAACUCGUGAAAGAACAGGUCAAACAACUAGAAGACAAAGUUUUAGUUUCCAUGGUCAUUUCCCAUUCCUUACUGGAUGACCUUCUCAUGGACAAUCACUUCUUGGACAAGUGUUCUAUACUAUUUGGCAGUCCAGAAGCUAUUCUCAACAGUGCAUGGAGAGAUCAAAUACAACAGCAUACAGCAUUUCAAACUCGUCUGGUUGCUGUUGUAAUUGAUGAAGUUCACUGCGUAACAGAAUGGGGAACUGCAAACAAAAAACGGCAAGAGGCUGCAUUUCGUGAAUGGUAUUCACAACUUGGUCAGAUCAGAGCUCUAGUAAGUUUUGCAGUUCCAAUUGUAGCCAUGACAGCAACUGCAACAGCAGAGACAAGAUCAACAGUUAAACAAAUACUCAAAAUGAGACACCCUGUAAUAGUAGAAGCUAACCCCGAUCGACCAAACAUCAAAUACAGCGUGCAAAAGAUCGAAGAUGAUCCAUUUGUGACAUUUAAAUGGCUUGUUGAUGAGCUGAAGAAGAAAACAACAGCCGCUCCUAAAACAAUCAUUUACUGCAGACGAGUCAAAGACUGUGCCUACAUCUACAGAGUCUUUCAGAUGGGCAUACCUGAUUGCAUUGCAUACCAUCCUGCCAUGAGUGAGAAAGUUGCUAAAAACCGCAUAUUUGGGAUGUUUCAUCAAUCCACAGAAAAAGAAAUUAAAGAUACAGUCAUCCAGUCAUUCAGAAAACCAGAUGGUGUGUGCAGAAUUGUCAUUACAACAAUUGCUCUUGGAAUGGGAAUGGACUUCCAAAACAUUAGACGAGUAAUCAACUAUGGUCCCCCUAAUACACUUGAGCAAUAUAGUCAGCAAUGUGGCCGGGCAGGGAGAGACAAUGAACAAUCAAUAGCUGCAAUCUACUAUCAUGGACGACAUCUCACAACUUGUGAUGAAGCACUAAGAGGAUAUACAUCUCAGACAGAGUCAUGCCGUAGAGAGCUUCUUCUUGGCCACUUUGAUGCUCCCAACAAGUAUGUACAUGACUGGAUUGAAACAUGUCCCAACACCAAGGGUCUGACUCCAGCAACUGAUGAGAUGGAGAAACAAAAUGCAAGCACUGGUGUUCCAAAGAUCAAUGACAGUAACAGUCUUGAGCCAGAAGGCUAA